AUGUCCCUACCCUCUAACUUUCAAGCCUCAGUGAUCGCUUCUUGUGCAGAUCCAUCACCAUGUGACAUUGUCAGCCAGCACGGAAAGCGUAUCAUUAAAAUAUCCGAUAACAAAGUGGUUAAAUGGGGCCCAGAUAUAACGAACGAAGAAGCCGAAAACCAAAGGAUAGCCUACAACAUUGUGGAUAGUCGCAUAGCUCGUAUUCCACGAGCAUAUGCCUUUUUUUCGGACGAACGAGGCUGGGGCUAUAUUGUGAUGGAGUUUAUAGAGGGAAAGAUUAUUGACCCCUUGGAAGACGAUGCGGCCAUUAGGAAGGUUGCGGGCGUGCUUGAUCACUUCUCAACAUUGGGGCACACCAUCCCGGGGUCUCUCUGUGGGGGAUCUUGUCGUGGUCUUUUGUUUCCGGAAACUGAAGAUCUUUUAUUUAACAGUCUCGAAGAUAUGGAGAAGUGGUUCAAUAGUCGACUGUUCGAGCAUGACCCGAAACUAAGUUUUCAGGACAGCAACCUUGUGCUUUGCCACUUAGAUAUAGCACUUCGAAAUAUCCUGUGGCAGGAAGAUGGGCCUCCUUGCAUUAUUGAUUGGGCAUCCGCAGGCUUCUAUCCAAGGUUAUUCGAGUUCUGCGCGCAAUGGGUGAUUGAGGGAAAAGAUGGUAGCUACAAUUCCCGUCUGUUGAACUCUAUGCAACCCCUCUCAGAUCGAGAGACAGCACAGAAAGAUGCCUUUUUGUGUUCCUGGAGAAAUAUUCAAAAGUAUCCCUUGCGCGCCAAACGCUAA